GAAAAGACCAGGAAUCAUGUCGAUCGCGUCAUCAGAUUCUGAGUUGGAGUUCCAAUCAUACUCGGAGCGGACGCUGGCACUGAUCAAGCCGGAGGCUCUGGAGGAUGCUGAGGCUAUCGAGAACCAUAUACGGAACAACGGUUUCAUCAUACUUGCUAAACGCCAAGUCCACUUGACGCCCGAGCAAGCGGCGGAGCUGUACAAGGGUCACUACGGCCGCCACCACUUCCCGCACUUGGUGGCGCACAUAUCCCGGGGCCCGGUCAUCGCACUAGUGCUGGCAGCUCGUAAUGCUAUACAGAAGUGGAGGACGCUUAUGGGCCCUGCCAGGGUGGAGGAGGCUCAAGCGUACUGGCCGGACAGCCUGCGCGCCUGUUACGGGCGCCGCACAGCGUUCGGAGACUACUUCAACGGUCUGCAUGGCAGCGAGAACCUCUCAGAGGCCAUCAGGGAGAUACACUUCUUCUUUCCUACAAUGGUAGUCGGGCCGAUCCUCCGGCGCUGGCAGGUGAAGGACUACAUCCAGAAGCACCUGACGGAGGUGCUGACGCCGGGGCUGACGGCGCUGGCGCACGAGCGGCCGGCCGAGCCCGUGCUGUGGCUGGCCGAGUACCUGCUGGACAACAACCCGAACGAGCCGCGCGUGGCGCCGCAGCCGAGAGACCUGCGGGAGGACGAGAGGUGUGUCACGCCGCAACCGAGCGAGCUGUCCAAGGAGUAGCUAUAUAUAAAUAUAUGUAUACUCAUACGGGUCACUAGUCACUGCGUCUGUUGUUAGUAGCUGUUGUGAACCGUAAAUCGAUCAGCGAGUGUGUCUAUUAGGACGAGUGUAUAUUGAUACAGAGUUAGGGUCGGUUGCACCAAACCGUCUGUCACCGUGAAAGCGUUCGUUAAAUUUAAUUGUAUGGGAAGUUCCAUAGACGUCUGCUGCGUGACGAUGAUGUGUCUGUCAAAUGCGGUUGAUGCAACUGAACCUUUUAUUGUGUCUAACGUCAGAAAGUAUGAAUCAUCCUGUCGUGGCUUGUAUGUGUCGUGGAUUGUGUGUAGCUAUCUAUCGACACGACAUAAUGGAAACGUGGACUUACUUUAACUUAAGGUCAAUCGGAGUAUUUGCAUUUGUGUCCGGUGGGAUAAAUGCGUUUUUUAAAGAUACCUUCUAAACGAUUAGAAGUAUGGACACCAAAUAAAAUUAUACGUCUAUCAUAGUUUUAGUAUAUUCCGUUAUAGUAAAUAAGAAUGAUUAAAAUAAUAUACAUAUAUUUACUACCCCAGCAGAGGCAAUAGCCCGGUUCACCUUAAUCGUAUUAGACAAACCUACUAUUGAUUUGAUUUAAUGAAUUAGUAUGUAUUUCGAAAUAAAACGACAAUAACAUUUUCUCAAUUUUAUUCGUAGAAACAUGUUACAAAUCAGUUUAUCACAGGCUAAGUAAACGAAGAAAGAUAAACAGGCUGUGAGUAAAACAAAUUAUACUUGAUUAAGUCUCGAUUAUUUUACGUACUUG